AUGCCACUUGAGCAGAGCAGUCAGCACUGCAAGCCCGAGGAAGGCCUUGAGGGUGGUCACAAAGCAGAAAUGCUGGAGUGUGUCAUUCCAGAUUGCAUGUACUUCUUCCCUGUGAUCUUGCAGCUGAUCUUUGGCAUCGAUUUGAUGGAAGUCGACCCCACCUGCCACUUGUACAUCCUUGUCACAUGCCUGGGCCUCUCUUAUCAUGGCCUGCUGGGCGAUGAUCAGAUCAUGCCCAAGACAGUCCUGAUACUCGUCCUGGGCGUGAUUGCAACAGAGGGCGACUGCACUCCUGAGGAGGAAAUCUGGGAGGAGCUGAGUGUGAUGGUGGUGUUUGAUGAUGGGAGGGGGCACAGGGUCUUUGCGGAGCCCAGGAAGCUGCUCACCCAAGAUUUGGUGCAGGCAAACUACCGGGAGUACCGGCAGGUGCCUGGCAGUGAUCCUGCAUGCUACGAGUUCCUGUGGGGCCCAAGGGCCCUCCUUGAAACCAGCUAUGUGAGGGUCCUGCAGCAUGUCCUAAGUAUCAGUGGAGGACGUCAUGUCUACCCAUCCCUGCAUGAAUUGGCUUUGAGAGAAGGGGAAGAGUGA